ACGAAGAAAGCGCCGAGGAACAGCUGGACGGGUGGGCCGAUAUUGAGGCAGUCUACGCGCCCACCAGCACACCGGCCGGUGAAUCAGCUGCUGACAACCCGCCGGCGACAGUCCAGCGCGCAGCCACUGAAUCAUACGACGACGAGGAUUCGGAGGACUCAGACCAGGAUUGGAUUCUACCUGGCUCUCGCAAGCGGAAAAGAAAGCGUUCAUCGGCGAGUCGACGUUUGAAGACGUUUCAAAACAAAAUUCAAAACAUCCAGGAACACAAUGCUGCCGAGGACAAUCAGUCGUUACAUCCAUCACCAGACAAAGCGGCAAUAGCCCGACAACUAAGCAACCGUAAAUACAAUCAGCAGAUCAGUAAAAAUGCGCUUAAUCGCAGUAUCGCGUCAGUCCCUAUUGGCACUGCACCUACAGCAAUACCUGGAACUGGAGAGGGACUAGUUGUUAAGAGCGAGUCACAGGAUCCGAACCUACAUUCGGUGCUUGACAUCAAGGACGAGGGUCCGAUUUACGAUUCAGCCGCAUCGAGCCAACCAAACGUCACUGUCGGCGUACAGCCGAACUAUGUUGUUACCACAGGUCAAUCACCAGUCGCUAAUUAUUAUGUUAUGCAGCAGAACCCCACAGCUGUCGUAUCGCAGAGCCAGUACAUUCAGUCAGCAGCUUAUGUUCCCCAAAUGAUGCAAACUGUCCAGUCACAAGGGUACUAUGUACAGUCUGCAAAUCCUGCGCAGAACUACUUGGUCCAGGCACCAUCACGGCCUGCUUACUUAUCAUCCACGACACCAGUAGUUUACCAACAAGUCGGUGGCCCCCAGCUCAUCUCGACUCAACAACCAAUGAUUCGGGGAGCUCCAAAUUACGUGCAAUACGUUGGCGCUCCUAUGCAUCCCCAACAACAGCAGAGGUUAGCCCAGCCUAGGAUUAUCAACACGACAACCUUGUCGCCUGCGAGGCAAAUUGCGUACGGUGCAAGAGCUCCGUUCUACAGGAUGCCCGGUCCUGUGCCAAUCGGUCAGAGGCCAAACUUUCCACACCCACCGAACGGAGCUGUUAUUAGAAGCGCUCCGCUUUCUUCCAACGUCCUCAGGCCGGGCCAGAGAACUGGGCCGCCCAGAAUUCCUGAACCUAGACAGGUGUUGAGAAUGCCAAACCCAGGCAGCAAGAAACCUGUGCCGGUGAAAGGUAACCUUGGUCGGGCUCAGAAAAAUUCGUCACUGAUAGUCUUAAGUGACAGCGAUGACGAUAUCGAGAUGAUAAUCCCAGGGGGGUCGACGUCAAUGCUACAAUCCAAACAAACAGCGCCUCCGCCCAAAAAAAGUGCCAUUCCGCCAGAGCUUCUCGAGCGCAUGAACGAGGGUGGCAUCUCCCUCAGUCCAAUAAAACCCGCUCCACAACCGGCGCAGCAAUCCAACAGUUCGACGCAGCUGGUCGUCGUUGUCAACGAGACUGGCAGUCAUUAUGCGCUUGUUUUACCAAACGGCAGUAAAUUGAUUUUGACGCCCGAUCAGGUGGCCCAGCUCCGAGCCGCUAAUGGUGGCAAACUCGUUUUGUGAAACUGCGCGCAUCAGCCCUGCUUGUUGGUCAGCUCUGCAGGUGAUAGGCUUUUGUUGCUUUAAAGUUAUACGAAACAAUGAUUGAGCUCUUCAAUGAUGACUGCGAGAUCAGUUAUUGUUGUGUUUUUCCUUUGGUUUCUCAUUUGAACGUUUUUCUAGUAUUUUCCACGAUACUGAAAAACGAGAAAUACUUUCAUUUUUCGAAAAAAUUUACUUGAGAUCGAAUUACAAAAUUAUCACGAAAACUUGCGUUUUAUUUUUCAAAUAUUUUGAUUUAAAUGCACGAAAAGUACACGCACUUUUAAGCUUCAAAACCUCAUUUCUAUCAUUAAAAUGCGCUUGUGUUUAGAGUUUGUGGUACUAACCAGAAUAGUUCCAUGCAAUGGACAUACUGAUACUCUUAGUAAAGGACUGAUAUAGACUGGUUUCAUUUUCAUUUUAUUCCAAUUUUUAUAUUUUUGUCAUGUUAAUAUAUU